AUGGGGAACAUCGCCUGUGUCCCGCAGGCUCCCGGCGGCUUCAGGAGCUCCUUCCGAAGGAAACCCUCGCUGAAAAAGGAACAAAAUGGCAAGAAAAAGCUGCCCAGCUUCUUUGGGCUCGACGGAGGCCAGGAGCGGGACACGAGCACGGACAAAAUCCUGCAGUACAUCCCAGCCAAGAUCCUCCAGAAGCAGGAGAGCCAGAAGGAGAACCUGGACCAGAGGCUCCCCAGCCUGUUCAAGAGGGGCCGGAGGAAAGUGGUGGUCAGGGAUUUGGGCAGAAUGAUUUAUUACUCCAAGGUCAAGCUGAAGUUCCAGCACUGCCAGGAGGUCCACAGCUGCUUCCUGGAGCUCUUCCAGUCCCACCUGUACUUCCAGUCCUCGGAUCCCAAUGGCCUCACCUACCAGGAGCUGCUGCCUCUGAAGGAGCUGCAGGUGCAGGAGCUGGGGGCUGAGCAGAGCCCGGGGCUGCAGGACCACGCUCUGCACAUCUCAGGGCCCCUGCUGAACCCCCUGGUGGUGUUCUGCCAGUCCAAGGCCGAGCUGAAGCAGUGGCUGUACCACCUGGAGAAGCAGAUCCAGCUCUGUGGAGGGAGCCUGGCCCUGCCCCUGCUGUCCCAGGGCCCCGGGGACAAGGAGGAGCUGCGCUGGUCCGUGCAGAACCUGCCCGUGCAGGACUGGAGGGGAACCCAGCGGGAAUCCCUGGGAGAAAUCCUCUGCCUGUCCAAGGUGAAGCUGCAGCACCUGCCCUUCCAGGAGCAGCACGAGCGGCUGCUGGUGCUGUACCCCUCCACGCUGGUGAUCGUGUCCGAGGAGCCCGGCGGCCUGUGCUUCAAGGGAGAGCUGCCCCUCAACGCCAUCCAGGUGCUGUUUGAGGAGAACGACAAAAGCUCCUUCCUGAUCGAAGGCCGACUGAUAAACUCCAUCCGGGUGACCUGUGCCAGCUACCAGGACUACCAGGAGUGGCUCUACUGCCUGAACACCGCCCAGUUCCGAAACGCCGACUCCUCCCUCUCGGGCUCCGAGAGCUUCUCGGUGGGCUCAAGGCUGCCACAGGCCAGCCAGUUCCCCAGCAGUGUGAGGGGAUCCCUGAGCUCCGAUGGCCAGAGCAGCUCCUGGGCGUCCGGGGGCAGAGUGACCGCGCUGACCGCGCUGACCCAGAGCAGCGGCUCCCUGCCCGACGGCCCCUCCUUCCCGCUGGGCCCCGAGGGACGCCUGCUCCAGGAGCCGCUGUCCCCCGGCUACUCCCAGCCUCUGCACAGCCUGGCCGUGCCCAGCUGGCCCAGCCCGGCGCUGCCCAGGCAGGGGCUGCGCAGGGGGAGCAGCGCCAGGACCCGCCGGGGCAGGGGCAGCGGGCACGGGGUGCCCGGCCAGGAGCAGGAGCGCGAGAGGAGCCUCUGCCGCCUCAUCCCCCAGCACCCCAGGGCAGAGAUGCUGUCCCCCGUGUACCAGGAGCCCUACUGUGCACAGGGCACCCAGCAGCACCCCCUGGCACCGCCGGGCACGGGCACGAUGUGCUCCCUGCCACAGGAACAGCCGGGCCCUGAGCUGCAUCCCCCAGACGGCCCCUAUGACCUGGCAGACGCCCCCUGCCCCUGCCGGGACUCCUCCUCGUCCUUCCACGACUACGCGGAGCUGCAGAGCUUCCAGAGCGAGCGGAGCUACGACAACCUGUGGGAGGCGGAGGAGGCGCAGCCGGGCGGCCCGCACGUGUUCCAGGUGUGA